AUGAUGACCACUAGAUCUGAGACAGAACAUGUCGUAGUUAACCUCGAUGUCAUAGUCGCUGACCUCCAUAGAAGUAGUCUCGAGAACUGGCAGAAGGGUGAAGGCUUUGUGAAGUAUCCUUCUCCCGAUCCGCGCUUUGAUUAUCAUCGUGCUGGGACGGAAUGUCGGGGUGAGAAUGCUGUGAAACCUGUCGUUCAGUUGGGCUGGCUUCACAUGAUGGGCAUCAUGCAAACCUUGGAAGAGCCAAAAAUGACCCAGCAAUCUUGGAAGGACUUGAAAGGUUAUUUAGCUCGCCAAAUGAUAGUCGAGAAUAAGGUCGCGGACAACAAUUGCUGA